AUGGCUACCUCAGAAGCUACCUCAAAAGCUCACAAAGAGGGGCUGAAGAAAUUUAAGUACCAAAGCAAAGAAGUAUCUUUGCAGCAACAGAGGAUUCUUUCCAGGCUACAUCCCCAGAAGAGCAGGAAAGUAAAGGUACUAAAGAGAAGAAAUAUUGAUCUAUUCCCCAGGGAAGUGGUUUCUCAAGCAGUAGUCAAAGAGACCAGCUUCACUCUGGAAGACAUCAUCAAAGGGAUGAUUAGUUCAGAUAUGUCCCUGCAACUCCAGGCCACCAAGGCUGCCAGGGAAAUGUUAUCUCAAGAUACUAACCCUCCUCUAGAUUUGAUUAUUGAGGCAGGGCUCAUUCCCAAGCUGGUGGACUUCCUAAAGGUGACACCUCUCCCCACCCUGCAGUUCGAGGCAGCAUGGGUGCUCACCAACAUUGCCUCAGGAACGUCAGAGCAGACCCGAGCUGUUGUGAAAGGGGGUGCCAUUCAGCCCCUGGUUGAACUUCUCUGUUCCCCACAUCUGUCGGUGUCUGAGCAGGCAGUGUGGGCCCUUGGGAAUAUAGCUGGUGACUGUGCAGAAUUCAGAGACAAUGUCAUUUGCAACAACGCCAUCCCGCACCUGAUCAACCUUAUUUCAACAAACAUACCAAUCACAUUUCUUCGGAACAUCACAUUGACUUUGUCCAACUUAUGCCGCAACAAAAAUCCAUACCCUCACGAGGAUGCCGUGAGGCAGAUGCUACCUACCUUCAGUCAGCUCCUGAGGCAUCAUAAUAAUGACAUCAUUUCAGAUACCUGCUGGGCUCUGUCCUUCCUCACUGAGGGCGGCAAAGAGUACAUCCAUCUUGUGGUCACCACCGGCAUCCUGCCCAGGCUUGUAGAGUUAAUGACCAGCUCGGAACUCAAUGUCUUGACCCCUUGUCUCCACACUAUGGGCAACAUUGUAGCCGGGACAGAUGAACAGACCCAGAUGGCCAUUGAUGCUGGCAUGCUGAAGGCAUUGGGCGAGGUCCUGAAGCACCCAAAGUCCUCCAUUCAGAAGCUUGCUGCUUGGAUCACGUGCAAUGUGACCGCUGGGCCGGGACACCAGAUCCAACAGCUGAUUUCGUGUAAGCUGAUGCCUUUCUUGGCAGACCUACUGAGAAAUGCAGAAUUUAGUGUCCAGAAAGAGGUUGUGUGCGCUGUGGCUAACAUUACAACAAAGGCCACUCAGUACCAGUUGACUCAGCUUGUCCGCUCAGGAAUCUUGGAGCCAAUGUUGAAUCUGCUCACUGUCCCAGACAAGGAUGUUGUCAUUGUCAUUCUUGACAUCAUUUCUUAUCUCCUUCAGCACCUUGACGAUCUACAGAAGAAGAAAAGGCUGUGUUUUCGGAUAAAGAAAGUUGGUGGCUUUGAAAAAAUUGAGUCCUUACAGCACCACCAAAACACUUACAUUAGCCAAAAGGCCCUGGAGAUCAUUGAGAAACAUGUAGGCGAGGUGAGUAAGGCGGACUCCGUGUUCUGGGGCUGGCUCUUGGUGGCCGAGAACUAA